UUGUGUCGACACAACAACAACCUGUCGGCGGGAAGGAGACAAUUAUUACUUACCAGAGGCGUUCGGUCGAUGGGUCAUUGGGAAAUAUUCCAAAGAAGAAGGUGGUUGUCAGACCUCCUUCGAAUCUUCUGGUGAGCUCGCGUGCUGGUGCCAGCUCAUGCUCGCGGGACACCUCUCAAUGUCGAAUGGACGAGGAGUCAGACGAAGAGACGGAGGAUGAUGCAUGGGUUCGGCAAGUGCAUUCCUGGUUGAUAGCGACGCCAGGGCACAUCCAAGGCGAAGGCUCUUGCGAUGUGAAUGAGCGGCAGCAAAGUGGUGGAGGUGCCGGAGCUCGGGUGAGGGACGAUGGAGAAUACGACGAGGAUGAAAGGGAGUGUGGUAGUGGCGAGCAGCGAGAACACAUUCGAGGAGCGGUUGACCAUAUGGAGUGGGAAAAGGUUGCGGUGAGCGGUGGGGUGGGCAGUGACAGUGUCGGUGGUUCGGAAAUGAAAGACGAGGAAUUGGAAGAUGAAGGAGGAGAUGUCGGUGUUUCCGCGGGGCUUAACUUCCAAGAGGAAGGGAAAACGCACAGCGCAAUCGUCGUCGACGCCAGCUGCGCCUAAGAAGCAGGCUCGAAGGAAAGCUGUGGACGAAGCUCGGGUCGCCUUGGAUGCAUCCCAAGGGAAGCUUGGUGAAGCCGAUGUGAAAUACAAAUCAAGUGCUCAGGUUCGC